AUGGGUCAUCGGCGGAAUGUUCCCGCUCAUCUCACUCACACAUUCGAUGUGGCUUUUGGUCUCAUUCAUACCCCGCGGAAGCUCAUGGAUUCGAAGGGCUCAUCUCAGGGCCUUCGAGCCACGCGCUCAUCACUAGCUUGCUUGCCCUGCCGCUCACGACACCUAAAAUGCGACGGCAAGAAACCUUCCUGUGAUCGCUGCUCUGAUACAAAUAACGAAUGUCGCUAUGCUCAGUCGCGGCGCGGUGGUCUUGACAGGGCAGCUUUGGCCGAACGUCGCCAGCGCUUGACCAUGGGGAGCAAUAAUCGCCUCGUCGCCCAAAGAAGUCCCGCAAAAGAAAUGGCUUGGCAGCCUGCAAAUGGUGCGGGUCUCUGUCCUGAGCUUGACCCUCAUCACCAGCACAGUGUACUAGAUCUAAUCGCACCCGCCGGUAAUGGCGAAAUGCCUUUGCUGGUAGCGAGCAACGCAUAUCCCAUCAAUGUGGAGACCGAUCCACUUGUUGACUCUUACUAUAAGACAUUUCACAUAUGUCACCCCUUCGUUCUACCCAAAAUUCACUUGCAAAGGCUGUGUCAAGAUCCAAACAAACAGCAGGAAUUUGCACCUCUGAUUGCAGCCCUUCGUCUACUUGGCAAUAUCUACAAGGAGCAUGAAUGGUCGAUUCUGUUGAAGGAGCAACUCGAGGCAUUUAUCACACAAGCAGAUGACUCAAAUUCAAUACUAGUUCCAUGCCGACUACUUUAUUCGAUGGCUUUGUUUUGGCAUGAAUACAAAGAUGAGGCCAAGUUCCAGAUGGACAUGGCAAACAAGCUUGCCAUUGAAUUACAAAUGUUCCGCCUCGAAUUCGCAGCGACACAUGAUGUUGAUGACCCUGUUCUAAGGGAGUCUUGGCGAAGAACUUGGUGGAUGCUAUAUAUUGUGGAGACUUAUUAUGCUGGCACACUGGGGACGAUGAACUUCCGAGCUGUUAACAUUGACGCUACGGUGGAACUGCCAUGCGAUGAGUCGGACUAUGAGUCAGGGAACAUACCUGUCCCCAAGACAAUACACGAGUUCAAUUGCCGUGAAUUCGGUCCCAAGGACACCCACUUCUCAUCCUUUGCUUAUCUGAUUGGCGCCGUGCAGUGUGCUGCUUCUGCGAUAUCCACAAUUCCAACGGUUGCUACGAAAGAAGACUCGACAUAUAUAAUCCAAGCCGCUGAUUCCAGCUUGGACGGCUGGCGACUUCUACUUCCUUCAGAUCGAAAGCAAGUCAUGAAUGCGGCCGGCGAAGUUGACGAGCUUAUGUUCCAAGCUCACUUGCUGAUCCAUGUGUAA